UCCUCCCUUUUCCCCUGGAGCUGUUCACCGCUAGGCAAUCUGGUUCUGGCUGGAGCUGCUGCUGCACUGAGCUUUCUCUACUCCACUUUCCUGCAGCGGCCAUACUGGGGGCAACCCAAACUUGCUACAUACAGACACCAACUCCUCCUCCUGCUUCUUUCUCCUCCUCUAGCUGCUGUAACCGCCCCUAUUUCUAGCUCCAGCCGCACACCGAGGAAUUAAACCUGCUGCAGUAGCCCUCGUCUAGCUUAAGACUGGAAGAAAUCAGAUGUUAAAGGGGAUCGAAGGAAGAAGAGAGUGGGCAGUGCAAUAGCAAAAUUGUGGAGAGGAGGAAAGCGCAGGCGAAGAGGAAGUUUCUUCUUCUCAAGCAGCAGAUUCUACCGAUUCUAAACAAUAAGAAGAAUUAUGUACUUAUAUCUGGAAUGUGAUAUCAAAUUAUUUGAAACAUUUGAUCAUUAGAUGACUCCUCCCAGAACCUCCAUUUAAGAAGGAUGCCCAAGUCAACCAUGUCCUCAUUCCACUUCAGGCUGUACUCUAGACUUUACCCUGCUCUGCUGCCAGCACCUCUAGUCCCUCUAUGGGGGAUAGUGUCUCUGAUUUCAAGUCCUCCUUAGUUUUCCUCUCUGGCCUGGAACAGAAACCAAGAACUCUAUAGCCUUUUGGAAGUGCCUGUAGCAGCGCUUCUACCCCACUGCUUCUGCACUCACCAGUUAACAUUUUCUCUCAAGACCAUGGAGAAGAAUGUUCUUCAAAGACAGCAUAAUAUUUAAGAAAAGACUCAGGGGUGGAGUUUCUCUUCAUCUGUCAUGCUGGAAAAGAAGUACUCCUUCAGAGAAAUAACCUUUUGGAUACCUUAAUUUAUGAGUUUAUUUGCAUGUUAUUAAUUCUUAUGUUGUUGCAACAAUAUUCUCCUUCUGAUAUAUAAUAAGUUGAAGACAUUUGCUCCUGCUUCUGCUCAACAACUACCACCCUAUGAAGAUGCUUAAUAUGGCUUUAAAUGGAUUCUUCAUAAUUUUGUUUUUGUCAUUUGGAACAACAGUUGCUUUUGGUCCAAUACCUAGAAUCACUUGGGAGCAAAAAGAAGUACGUCUUAUACAUUUUCAUGAGCCAGGAAUCUCAAACUAUUCAACUUUGUUGCUAAGCAAAAUAAAAGACACUUUAUACAUAGGAGCCAGAGAAGUGAUUUUUGCUGUGAAUUCACUUAACAUUGCUGAAAAACAGCAUGAGGUAUACUGGAAAGUUACUGAAGAUAAAAAAGCCAAAUGUUCUGAAAAGGGCAAAUCUAAACAGACAGAGUGCCUCAACUAUAUCCGAGUCUUACAACUUCUUAAUGAUAGUGCCCUAUAUGUGUGUGGUACUAAUGCAUUUCAGCCAACUUGUGAUCAUCUGCUUUUAAAAACAUUUGAACUUGUUGGUAAAAAUGAAGAUGGUAAAGGGAGGUGUCCAUUUGAUCCAGCACAAAGCUACACAUCUGUUAUGGUUGAUGGGGAGCUAUACUCUGGAACAUCCUACAAUUUCCUGGGAAGUGAACCCAUCAUUUCUCGAAAUUCCCCUCAGAGUCCCUUGAGAACAGAAUAUGCAAUUCCUUGGCUUAAUGAACCUAGUUUUGUCUUUGCUGAUGUGAUCAGAAAAAAUCCAGAUAAUACAGAUGGAGAUGAUGACAAAAUCUAUUUCUUUUUCACGGAAGUGUCUGUGGAAUAUGAAUUUUUCGGAAAAUUAUUGAUUCCCAGGAUAGCUAGAGUGUGUAAGGGGGACCAAGGAGGCUUACGGACUUUACAGAAGAAAUGGACCUCCUUCCUAAAAGCCAGAUUAAUCUGUUCCUUACCAGAGAAAAACUUUAUCUUCAAUGUGAUCAAUGAUGUUUUUAUUCUCAAAUCUCCAGAUUUAAAAGAACCAGUAUUUUAUGCAGUUUUCAGUCCACAAUUGAAUAAUGUGGGCCUGUCAGCAGUGUGUGCAUACAACAUGUCCCUUGUGGAAGAAGUUUUCUCCAAAGGAAAAUACAUGCAGAGUGCCACUGUGGAACAGUCCCAUACAAAGUGGGUUCGUUACAGUGGAGAGAUUCCCAAACCUCGACCAGGCGCGUGCAUCAACAAUGAAGCAAGAGCAGCCAACUACAGUAGCUCCUUGAACUUGCCAGACAAAACACUUCAGUUCGUGAAAGAUCAUCCUUUAAUGGAUGACUCUGUGUUUCCAAUAACAAAUAGACCCAGACUUAUAAAAAGAGAUGUGAAUUACACACAAAUUGUGGUUGAUAGGAUCCAGGCACUUGACAAGACAGUAUAUGAUGUCAUGUUCAUUAGCACAGACACAGGAGCUUUGCACAAAGCAGUCAGCUCUGAAAAUGGUAUGCAUAUCAUUGAGGAAACUCAACUUUUCCAAGACUUUGAACCAGUUCAGACUCUUCUGCUCUCUUCUAAGAAGGGCAAAAGAUUUAUCUAUGCUGGUUCCAAUUCUGGUGUGGUUCAGUCUCCUGUUGCUUUCUGUGAAAAACACAGCACAUGUGUAGAUUGUGUGCUAGCCAGAGAUCCCUAUUGUGCUUGGAAUCCACGAAAAGCCUCAUGUGUUGAUAUCUUCAAAGAACAUGGCAGCAACAGCAGUUUGAUUCAAAAAAUGAAUGGUGAUGCAUCUUCGUGCACUGAUAAAGGUGAAAAAGUAAAAGAAAAUUACCUGCUGCAUUUUGGAGGCACAGCAGAACUAAAGUGUUCUCAAAAGUCCAAUUUGGCUCAAGUAAUUUGGAAGUUCCAGAAUGGUGUACUAAAAGUGGAGAGCCCUAAGUACCGCCUUGUGGGAAAGGCCUUGCUCAUAUUCAACUUAUCAGAAGGGGACAGUGGGGUUUAUCAGUGUUUAUCUGAAGAAAAGGUGAAGAAUAAGAAAUUCUCUCAAGUGAUUGCUAAGCAUGUUUUGGAGGUGAAAAAGAUCUCUCACACUACUACUGUGAGCCCUGCUUUGACAGCAGCACAAACAGAAGGUAAAGGGAUUGCCCCAAAAAUUUCAGGCAUGACAACGAAAGGGCCUACUGCUCAGACUUCAGCCAUGUCAAUUAUGUGGGUAACGACUUCAAGUAUAGUAACACAACCUUCCAACCCUGUCUUAACAAGCACAGUUUCUGAACCAAAAAUCAUCAUACAGUCUGUCCCUGAAGUUCAUUCAAAGAAGAGCCUGUAUCUAAAGUCAAAUGAUAAUCACUUUUUAAUGUUUCUCUUUUUAUUUUUUUUUGUUCUGUUUCUUUUUCUCUUUUCCUACAACUGUUAUAAGGGCUACCUUCCAGGACAGUGUUUAAAAUUUCGUUCAAUUUUGUUACUGGGUAGGAAAAAAACGAAGUCUGAUUUUUCUGAUUGUGAGCAGAGUGUGAAGGAAACUUUGGUGGAACAAGGCAGUUUUUCACACCAAAAUGGAGAGCAACCUAAACUGGCCUUGGAUACAGGCUACGAGACCGAACAAGAUACCAUAACAAGCAAAAUGCAAACAGACAGAGAGGACUCUCAGAAAAUAGAUGAUCUUCCUAUCAAAGACAAACCGUUUGAUGUUAAGUGUGAACUGAAAUAUGCUGACUCAGAUGCUGAUGGUGACUGAAGGAGACAGUCUUCUUUCAGUAAUGAAGGUAGCUGUGGUUUUUCACGGCACAGAAGUCUUUGGGUUGUGACAGUUCCUGUGCCAGAGGGCUUUCCACUAAACACAGUGAUUCAAUUUCAUCUAAAACCUAGUUCCUAAGGCAGAAUGCAUAUUUUUCAGAAAAUCAUUUUUUAUGUUUCUAUUUAACUGGAUUCUCCCCCCCUCCUUCUCUGAUCUUCUCUUC